AUGUCUAAUCACACAGAAGUGACCAUAUUUAUUUUGAUGGGGUUUACAGAUCAUCUGGAAGUACAAAUCAUCCUUUUUUUGGUGUUCUUUGUAGUCUAUCUCUUUACACUUGUGGGAAAUCUGGGAUUGGUGGUGUUAGUUAUGAUGGAUUCCCGCCUCCAUACCCCUAUGUAUCAUUUCUUGAGUGUCUUAUCUUUCUUGGAUGCUUGCUAUUCCUCAGUAAUCACACCUAAGAUGUUAGUCAAUUUCUUAGUAAAGGAUAAAACCAUUUCCUUUUCAGGUUGUGUAGCUCAGAUGCUUAUCUCUGUAAGUUUUGGGACUACUGAGUGUUUCCUCUUGGCUGUCAUGGCAUAUGAUCGCUACAUUGCCAUCUGUAACCCUCUGCUCUAUACAGCCAUCAUGACUCCUCGAGUCUAUGUGCCUCUUAUCAUUGGCUCAUAUGUAGGGGGUGUGUCACAUGCCAUUUUACACACUGUGGCUACAUUUAGUUUAUCCUUUUGUGCAUCCAAUGUAAUUAAACAUAUCUUUUGUGACAUCCCUCCCCUCUUGGCCAUUUCCUGUUCUGACACUCAUGUCAAUGAACUGCUGCUUUUCAUCUUUGUGAGUUCAAUUGAAAUCUUCACCAUUCUGAUUGUCCUGGUUUCCUAUGGUUUCAUCUUGGCUGCCAUUAUGAGGAUCCACUCAGCUGAAGGGAGAAGGAAAGUCUUUUCUACUUGUGGUUCUCACCUGACAGGUGUUUCUAUCUACCAUGGGACAAUCCUCUUCAUGUACCUGAGACCCUCUUCCAGCUACUCUUUGGACUAUGACAUGGUGCUAUCUGUUUUUUAUACUAUUGUGAUACCUAUGUUGAAUCCUAUAAUCUAUAGUUUGAGGAAUAAGGAUGUGAAAGAGGCAGUUAAAAAAACUUUAGGGAAGAUAUAUAUUAGUGAUCCUGACACUCUCUAA